AUGGACUUUAUCACCUCCAGACCAGCUUAUUCUCAAGCCCCACAAGAGGAUCACGACAGCGAACAAGACUUCGAGAAGGGAGUUUCUGGCCCUCCACGACGUUGGUGGCAAGGCGAUAGAGUGCUCUACUAUGCUGUGACCCUUCUCGUCGUAUCAAAUGUUAUGUUGAUACUCACGGACGCUUUCCUGCCUGACAAAGAGACCAUCGGGCAAAGAUCGGAUUACUAUGGAAAGCCAGAGUUCGAGCUCAUUGCCUUCAACCACGACUGGACGGGUCUACUUGACAUUGAGGCUGCCGGAGGCAAGGGUUACCGAUACCGAGAUGAAGUUUGGGAUCGAGCAAUGUUCCCUGACCAUGGGGGCGUCGUUGCGCUUUCUAAGGAAAUUGUAAACGAAUACUCGCUGGAUCCAGAGGCCACGACUGCUUUCGACGAUCCCGACAAGAGGAUGUAUUACAUUGAAGGAUACCAUCAGCUACACUGCGCGGCAAGUAAUCCUGCCACCGAUGAGGAUGUCAAAGCUAACUCCGAGGCCGGUUUUCUCUGGGACCACACACUUCACUGCAUUGAAGCCGUUCGUCAGGGACUGCAGUGCAACUUGGACCCAACUCUUAUCUCCCUCAACAAUAAGUGGCCUGGCAUUCCGGACGGCCAGAAACAUGUAUGCCGUAGAAGAGACGACCUGUACGCCUGGGCUAGUGCUCAUGGGCACUCACUCCCAUUCAACGUCUAA